AUGCCACUGUGUUUGUUUCUGAUUUGUUCUAAGCUUCCCACGCAUUCAUCGCCCGAUUUGGCCGCAGUUCCCAAGGAGAAGAUUCAGCUGCCUUUGGCGGAACUGCUCCCGACGACUGCCCAAAGCUUCGUCACGUGGCGGGUACAGAACCCCAACGCCAAGUUCAAGGCAAGCUGCGGCUUCCCUUUGGUCUCACACCAGCUGAGCAACCACUUCCUGGAGGAUUUCCGAGUGAAGAUUUUUGCCGCUGGAACAGCAUGGUCUUCGCAGAACAAGGGCAAGAAGCAGCAGACCCCUAGCAAGGCCUUCUAUCACGGGGCCACCUCGAAGUUUGGCACUUUGCAGCUGAAAUUCUUGGGCGAUGAAGCGGUGGGGGAUUUGCAGCUCUUCUUCCACAUCGGAACGUAUAAACUAGGCCCCUUCCGCACCUGUCCCGAGCGCAGCGUCUCGGAGCUCUGCGAGUUGCCCAUCGACUGGCGCCGGGUGGUCGACAAGGACCACCGGUCGACGAAGCGCCGAGAAUCGCAUCGCGAAAGAGAGGUGACCUAA